GUGAGUCAUUGUGGCCAUGGGCUCGCCUGCAAGCACAGGCAGCGCGCAGUUCCCCCUCCUCCUCCUCAUCCUCCUGCUCUUCGUUGGCUUACACCUCUCUGGAGCGCAAUCUCCCGCUCCCGCUCCCGCUCUCGUUCCCUCUCCAGCCGUCGAUGCCAUUGCCCCUACCCCCGUCUCCCCUGUAAAUGUAUUCCCCCCUCCCGUCCCAGCCGCAGUUGCCUCACCCUUCUCCUUCAGCUUCGACUUCACCAACAAUUCCAACUACCGCCAUGAUGACCUCAAGUUCGAGGGCCACGCCGUCGCGCAAACUCAGCUGGUCGACCUCGGUACCUGCGACGGGUCAUCGGAUUGCAUGAGAGUGGGACGCGUGUCGUACGCGCACCCUGUGCCAUUCUACGACAGCACCACAGGCGGCGGCGAGAUGGCCAGCUUCCAAACGCGCUUCACCUUCGGCAUCUUGUCUAACAACAAGAAUGCCAAGGGAGAAGGCAUGGCUUUCUUCCUCGCCUAUUUCAAUUCCACAUUUCAGGGGGACUCCUCAAGCGGAAGCGGCGGCCUCGGCUUGAUGGUCGGAGAUGGCGCCUCCUUGGACACCGACCAGUUCGUCGCCGUGGAGUUCGACACGUUCCAGGACACAUGGGACCCCAUCGGCGACCACAUCGGUAUUGACAUCAACUCUGUGGCCUCCCCUAACUACAACGCAAGCUUGCCCUUCGACCUCAGCGGCUACAUGAUGGCCACUAUCACCUUUGAAAACACCACCCGGACGCUGGUCGCUGACCUGCAGUUUGCUUAUCCGGAUGGUAAUUAUCGCCCCGAUCAUGGUGUGGUGAGCGGGCAAUUACCCGUUACCCUCAGCAGCUUGCUCCCGGCUCAAGUGGCAGUGGGGUUUUCUGCGGCCACCAGCCCACGCUCCGGCAUGGUGCAGCAUCAGAUACUGUCAUGGUCCUUCAACUCGUCCCUUGCUCUGCCCGAAAAAGUUCAUAACAUGAAGCCAGCGUUUAUUGGAGGGUCAAUUGGAGGAGCUGUGGCGUUGGUGGUUGUAGUUUGGUGUAUCCUCUCGUGCUUCAGGUGGAAAAAGAGCACUAGAAGCCAUGAUUUUGUGACACGAACUGGAGGACCUAGACAGUUCGACUACCGUGAUCUGGCUGUUGCAACGGGCAACUUCUCAGCGGAGAGGGUUAUUGGGCGAGGUGCCUUUGGAGUAGUCUAUAGGGGUACGUUGAUCUCCAAAGGAUCAUCAUCAUCAUCAUCAUCGUCAUCAGGUGUGCACUCGAGAGAAUCAGAUGCAUUGUCUUCCAUGGAAUCGGGUGCGUCAUCAAACCCGAGCUCGAAGGAAUCAGACGGCGGUGAGGUGGCUGUAAAGAAAAUAUUGAAUGAGCCAAGGGGAGGAAAUCUUGACUUCUUCGCGGAGAUGAGCGCCAUUAGCGCAGCAAAGCACAAGAAUCUCGUCAAACUGAAAGGUUGGUGCUGCAAAGGAAACAGCCAAAACAUGUUUGAUUUCAUGUGUUGGUGCUACAGGAAGAAGAAAGAUGACGAGCUCUUCCUUGUCUAUGAACUGGUGCCCAAUGGCAAUCUGCAUUACCACCUACGUGAGAGUGAGCAAGUGAUAGCAUGGCCAACAAGGUACCAAAUCAUCAAAGACAUUGGUUCUGCUCUUGUCUACCUCCACCAUGACUGCGCCCCUUACAUUCUUCAUAGAGAUAUCAAACCAAGCAACAUACUCCUAGACAACAACUUCAACGCCAAGCUUGCUGACUUCGGGCUGUCGAGGAUCGGCAACCAGGACAAUGCGACAUUAUUGACAACCGCCAUAGGUACGGAAGGGUACAUUGAUCCAGAAUGCAGGAAAGAUGGAAAAGUAAAGUUCUACCGGAGCUCCGACGUCUACAGCUUUGGAAUCGUCCUGCUAGACAUUGUAUGCACAGGAAAGUCCAGGGAGCGAGUAUGGGAGCUGUACAUAAGAAGCAGGGUCAUGGAGGCUACAGAUGGAAGGUUACAUGGCGGCGAUGACGACUUGGACAGGAACCAGAUGCAGCGCGUGGCUGUCCUAGGACUCUGGUGUUCUCUUUCUGAGAGUGCCAAGCGACCUACCGUUCGGAAAGCAAUGGAGGUCCUGGAACGUGACGAGCCGUUGCCUGACCUUGACUACUUGGUGAAAACUUCGGUACCCUCAGCACAGCAAGGCACCUGCACCAUUAGCUCUGACCAGCAUGCACUUAAGUCAGAUGGCACCUAGAUCUUUCAGCGAGCCACAUGAAUCACUUUUUGGAUAUGGUUACGCCAGUCAACGUGGACUACUACACUGCAUAUGCACAUGUAUAUAUGGAUAUAGCCAGCUCUCAAUGUUCCUACUUACCUACGAUCAACGUGGCGUGCAUAUACUUCGUAUGCAUCUCACGGUUGAUCUAUGUUGCUGUUGACGUUUGCAUCAUGUUGGUCUUUGUCUGCAUUAAAUGUUGGUUUGGUUAUAUGGGCAAAUGUAAUAAACUAUUAUGAUACUCAA